AUGAACAAUGGCCCAACGACUGUAUACGUCAACUUCUUCAUUAGAAGUAUUCAGGGAUUGGACGAUAAACGCAUGCAAUAUAAGGUGCAGCUGACCUUCCGACAGCAAUGGAGUGACGACAGGCUCAAAUUCGACGACCUGGGAGGGAAACUUAAGCAACUGUCCCUGAGGGACCCGAGUACGCUGUGGAUGCCAGAUACCUUCUUCCAGAACGAGAUCGAAGGGAAGACGCACAACAUCAUGGUCCCGAACGUCUUAGUGAGGAUUUUCCCCGAUGGAAAGAUACUCUACAGCACCAGGGUAUCACUGACUUUGAGCUGUCCGAUGAGCAUGAAGCUCUUCCCCAUGGACAGGCAAUCGUGCCAGAUCCGGAUCGCCAGCUACGGAUGGACGACCGAGGACCUGGUGUUUCUGUGGAAGGAUGUCGACCCGGUCCAGAUCGUGAGAAACCUCCACCUCGAGAGAUUCACCCUUGAGAAGUUCUACACUGACUACUGCAAUAGUAAGACGAGUACCGGAGAAUACAGCUGCCUGCUAUUGGACAUGAUGUUUGAGCGUGAUCUCAACUACUACCUGAAACACGUCUACAUCCCGUCUUGCAUGAUGGUGAUCGUGAGCUGGCUGCCCUUUUGGUUGGAUCGGAAGGCGGCGGUUGGGAGGGUGGGACUGGGGGUCAUCGUUUUGCUCACGAUGGCUGUGCAGUGCAGUUUCAACAGUGCUUCGCUUCCGUCUGUAUCGUACACGAUGGCCAUCGACGUGUGGACGGGCAUGUGCCUCACCUUCAUGUUCUUGGCACUCCUGGAGUCCGUCCUUGUGAGCCACGUCUCCAAGUCGAGCGUGCGGCGGGACCGAGACCAGACCGAGCUCGAGUCUGUGCCCUUCGAGGUGGAGGAGUCCAAAGUGGCCGCCAAGGGUCGCCUCUCCCUCUGGCUCAACAAAGUCCAAUCUCGACCCAGCAGGGUGGACGUCGUCUCUCGCAUCGCCUUCCCCGUCUGCUUCGCGCUCUUCAAUAUUGGCUACUGGGCCGGCUACCUCUAACUACAUGGUAGCGACCGCGAAACGCAUCAGCAUCAAUCGGUUCCGGGGCCUCAUCGCAUUUUGGGCUUCACCUCAUUCUGGAGCCUCAUCGCUUCUUCUUCACCGCCAUUUUUCCUUACCCUCUUUCCUCUUUCCAUUGUUGCCGAUGCUAAUGCUUUGGAAUCCUGUUAGUUACUCUUGAAUACUUGAACUGUAAAGAUAUGUACAGACUUGAAUCCCAUUCCUAAACCCAAUGGAUGAUCUUCCAAAUAAGCCUAUCUUGCAUUCAGCCGUUAUUGGUGACCCCAGAGGACUUAAAUGCUUUGCAACUUCGCAGACUUGAGAGUUCUGGGUGGAAAGGCGAAAUAAAGACGUUCCUGCAAUUCUAUUUACUGCGAAUU